AUGCUUAAAUUUUUAGGUUUAUUGCUUUUUCUUUGCUUUAAAGUUCAAGCGGUCACUAUCGGAACUUGUGACUUUGAUGAUGUUAACGUAGGAUUGACCGCUGAUUACUACGAUCUCCUGUUAGACGCCGCUCAAUGCUCUGGUACCACUUGUAUCAAUUACUUGCCCAAUGUCGAAUCAUUACCAUUGAAUAGGACAAUUUAUGACGUGAGAAAUCUGUCUUUUUACUUCCCAACUCCACCAAAUAAUAAUGAAUUGUACGGUGAAUACGUCUACACCUUUAGAUUUGGACUAAGAUUGACGGGUUAUCUCCAUGCCUACGAAGCUGGUACUUACACGUUCAAAUUUCUUUUGGGGGAUGAUGUAGCUUCCAUGUAUCUUGGUACAACUCAGAAUUAUGACUGUUGUGGUAAUGUUACAGACAAUGCUGGAGAUUCACCUAAGUUGACCACAAUAUAUACCGAUCAGACGGCCCGUACAUACCUGGUGACCUUACUGCCCGGUUACUACCCGAUCAAAUUCCUUCUUGCAAACUUUGGUGGUACAGGUAGUUUGAAAUAUCAAAUCACUUAUCCAAGUGGGUCUGUUUUCACAAGUGAUAAUGCUCCAAUCUAUAAUCCAUCACGUGGUGAAGCCUGUGUUGUAGCCACUACCACAGUCACUAGUACAUGGGAAAGUAGUUUUACUUCAACCACAACUACCACUCCCACUAAAACUGGAAGAGCCACCGCUACUGUGGUAGUCGAAGUUCCUCCUUUAUCUACCACUACUGUUCCGGGUACUUCUGAUAGAACAUACACAACAGCUUUUACCACAGAGGGUUCCACCACUUCUGAAGUGGUAAUUGUUACAAUCCCUAUAUCUACCACAACCUUAACAGGCACCGACAGUACCACAAUGACUUAUACAACCGCCAUCACUACAGGAGAUAUUACUACUUCCAGGGUUGUUGUGGAACUUCCUCCAUUGUCAACUACAACCAUUCCAGGUACUUCACCAACAACUUAUUUGACUACCAUCACUACUGGCUCUAUUCCAACUACUGAGUAUGUUGUGGUUACUACCAGUAGUUCGGUUCCAGAUAUUCCAACCACUACUAUUCCAGGUACCUCACCAACUACUUACCUUACCACCAUCACCACCGGUUCAUUACCUUCAACUGAGUAUGUUGUGGUUACUACCAGUAGUUCGGUUCCAGAUAUUCCAACCACUACUAUUCCAGGUACCUCACCAA